ACUACUUAUACUAGUGUUGAUACUGACGGCUCAGUUCCAGUCACCGAAGUUGUUGUUGAAACCCCAUUCCAAACUACAACCAUCCCUGGACUUAUAGCCACCACUUAUUUAACAACUAUCUUUACGGGUUCCACUCCUGUGACUGAGUAUGUUGUUGUGAGUGAAACCCCUGCUCCAUACGCCAAUACCACAUCAAAAAUAAUCCCAAGCCCUGUCACAGAUACAACCGUCAUCACAGGAACCAGUACACCAUUGUUGCCACUGACAAUUAUUGCAACAUCCACAAAAAUUGCUACUAUUCCUUGCGAAACUUGCAAAGGAGGUUUUACAACCAGUUUGGUUGACAUCUCACCUGCCAGUUCGAAUUUUGAAGUUACUUCAACAUUAUUCCUUACUAUUCCUUGUGCGAAAUGUGAGGGAGGUAAGACAGUAUCGACGUUUACUACUAUCGAUACUUUCAAUCCUUAUCCUAAUUAUUCGGGCAAUCCAAUUGCAUCAGAUUUUUCAAGUAACCCAGAUAACUCAGUGAAUGUAGGAUCUGGUUCGAUCGCUCCCGUAGCUCCUGGUUUCUUUAACUCAGGAGGGUCAUCUAGCCAAAAUAGUGGAUCUGACAAUACAGUUACCGACUUCGAAGGUGGGGCUUCUAUCAAAGCUGUAUCUUCUACAUUUUUGAUGCUUCUUUCAUUUUUGUUAAUGAUCUAA